GCUACGUAAGUAGGUAGGUACUACGUCAUAAUAAAAAUCAAUGUUAUCAUUUCGAUUUUGUGAUCCUCGUUACUCACAUGGACAUACGUGAUCAUAUUAGAAUAAUUAAUAAUGAAUGAUGAAAAGCAACCACUUCUCACGACAGGGCCUGGCGUUCCUAUUGAUAAUGUUGAAGUGCAAGCCGUAGAGUUAGUAAAUGAUCCAUCAGUGCCUAAGACUGAAAAAGAUAAAAGUGAAUAUCACCCUGCUGCAGAACGAUGUUUGGAACAUCCCACUUCGAACUUCGAUACUUUGAUCCACCUCCUAAAAGGAAAUAUAGGCACAGGAAUUUUGGCUAUGCCGGAUGCCUUCAAAAAUUCCGGUUUAAUAAUUGGUGUAUUUGGCACUUUGUUCAUGGGGAUGAUUUGUACACAUUGUAUGCACAUAUUAGUGCAAUGUUCGCAUCAACUGUGCAUUAGGAACCAACGACCGGCAUUGAGUUUUUCUGAAGUUGUAGAGGAUGCUAUUGCUACAGGACCAAUUCCUCUCAGGCCAUAUGCUAAAACAAUGAAGGCUAUCAUCAAUAUAUUUUUAGUAAUAACCCAAUUAGGUUUUUGCUGUGUGUACUUUCUGUUUGUUGCGACUAACCUACAAGAUUCAAUGCAUUUUUUCCAUAUAAAUUUAAAUGUACACACCUAUUUAGCUUUAUUGCUCCCACCUAUACUAGCAUUAGCUAUGCUAAAGAAUUUAAAGUAUUUAACCCCAGUAUCACUUAUUGCAUCAAUAAUGACUGCUUGGGGCCUGGUGGUAACGUUUUACUAUAUAUUGCAAGAUUUGCCCCCGACCAGUAGUGUGAAAGCAUUCGCGAGCUGGCAUCAAUUGCCAUUGUAUUUUGGCACUGCUAUAUAUGCAUUUGAGGGAAUAGGAGUGAUUUUGCCAUUAGAAAAUAACAUGAAAACGCCAGAUGAUUUUGGUGGAUGGACUGGAGUCCUUAACACAGGGAUGGUAAUUGUAGCUGCAUUGUACACUGCCAUCGGUUUUUUUGGAUAUCUUAAGUAUGGAGAACAUGUACUUGGCAGUAUUACGUUAAAUUUGCCAAAUGACUUAUUAGCGCAAAGCGUCCGAGCAGUUAUGGCUGCUUCUAUUUUUCUGUCAUACGGACUCCAAUUUUACGUUCCAAUGAAUAUUGUAUGGCCGUAUAUCAAGUCAAAAUUAACAUCUGAAAAUGCACUAAAACAUGGCGAAGCACUUACUAGAUUUACACUUAUAUCUCUAACAUUUUCAGCGGCCGCUCUAAUUCCCAACUUGAGCGGUAUUAUUUCGUUGGUGGGCGCUUUCAGCAGCUCUGCAUUGGCUCUUAUAUUUCCACCGUUCAUAGAAAUAAUAACUUUUUGGCCCGACCAACUCGGUAAAUAUAAUUGGAAGUUAUGGAAAGACAUCGCCAUAAUCGUUUUUGGAAUUACCGGUUUCGCCUUUGGCACUUAUGCUAGUUUAGAAAAUAUUUUACAGCAUACCUAAACACAAUUGUCUGUUCCCCACAGAAACUUGACUAAAUGAAUAACAAUUACCAAAGAUUUUUGAUUUAUUUUUUAUUAAAUGAGUAAUCAUGACAAUAAUUGUAUGUAGUAAUCAUUUUGAUCUGUUUUACUUUUAUUAUAUAUUUUUAAUAGCUUUUAGGUAACUGCAGAAUAAGAGCUUAGCAUAUUGCUGAAACUUAUUUAUAUUUAUUUUUUAAUAAUAAGUAUUCAAUCAUUGACAUGAUAAUGCAUUUAGCAUUAUUUAAAAAAAUGAAGAUAUGUUGAGUUCUUAACCUUACCUAGUGAGAUUAUAAUUAAGUCAGAUAAUAUAAACUAUGAUUGUUAUUCAUUUCUAUAGAAAUAUAUUAAUAAUAUUAUUGUAAUGAAUUACCCGUUGGUAUAUUUUUCUUAUGUAAUAUAAUAUUUAAUUAUGCUUGUUAUCUAAUUGUGAUUUUGACAAUUUAUGAAAUUAUGUUUCUUAUAAUAUUUUAGAUGCCACUGACUAUUUAAGAUCUUUAUCAGCCUUUUGUUCUCUUAAAUUAAUAUUAUACAUAUAUUUAAAAGGUAUAAUUUAAUCAAAAUUUAAUUCUCAAGUAACUGGAUAUCAGUUUAUAGUAUACUUAAUAUAAGUAUUUUUAGAACGUUAAUUUUACAGAACUGUGAUGUAAACUAAACUAAUGUAAAACAAAAAUAAGAAUAAAAAUUAUAAUUUAUUUUUAUUGUAUUAACUGUAAUCAGUUACAUAUUAAUAUAGAAAAUAUAAAACGUUACCUAUCACAGUUAUUAGAUUAAUAUAGUGAUUCUGUUUUAGAUGAGAUCUAUAUGGGCGGGUAUACUUAGAAGAGUACUUGAUGCUUAUAAUAUCUGCAUUCUUAGAAUUGGCGUUUUUUAUUCGAUUAAAUAUGUGUAUAUUCAUAGUUUCGCCCCGCAUUAUCGCCCGCCCAUCAUAUUUUCGUUAAUCUGAAUUUGCAUGUAUUAUUAUAUAUACAAUAUUAAUAAUAAUAAUUUCUUUUUAUAGAUACUUUUAUUACAUAACACGAUUGGCAGCUUAAUGAGACCUAAUUUCUGGUUAAAAAUUAUUCGAUUUUGAAGUACUUGUAAAUUGUUCAGUAUUAUUUCAUUUAACAUGAACUGAACAUAGUUUUGUUUUUAAAAUUUUCUUUUAGCUAGCUUUAUCGAUUAUUAUAAACUGAAGGUCCAUAGUCGUCUACCCCUUCAUAAAAAUUACUCCACCUAAUUAUUUUUUACAAGAUUUAUACAUUAAUUAGCCACUGUAUGAAGUUUAGCGUUUAUAAGCAAGAGCAAGGGACUGGUGAUAAGUCCAUUAAAAUCACCAUGUAUCAUUAAAUUCAAAUUCGUUUUACGAACUGAUUUACAUUAGGGAUUAAAGUUUCCAUAAUGGCUAUCGCCUCUCACGGUCGUUCUUGCAUUCAUGGACAACGUUUAAAAAUACAUAUGAUUGUCAAAAUCUGAUAUGUGAAAAGGAUGAUUUUUAGCGAACUUAUAGGUUACCUGUUAUCUAUUCUGUAAGCUUCUAUAAAGUUGAAUGCGCACGGAAAAUGUUGAGAGCGAUAUUUCUGCACAAUACUAAUAAUAUCUUUAAUACUUAAUGGCAUUACUCCGAAUUCAAUCAAAUGACGCUGAGCUAAUAAGAAAUGAAUCAUGAUAUAAGAGCAGGGUUCCUCUAGAACCCAACCAUUAAUCUUGAUUAAAAAAUAAUGUAAUAAGAGAUUGGGCUCUAUCUUUCUCUGAUAUUUGUUACCUAUUAAGAUGAAUGGCGUGUAUCACGGAUUGAGCACAAAGUUUGAAAUAAUUAGGUAUAUAGUUUAUUUGAAAAAGUUUAAAGCUUUGCUGUGUUAUUAUAUUGAAAUUUAUUAAUAUAUAUAUAUAUAUAUAUAUACAUGAGAGUACUCUUCCAUAUACCAUAUAUAUAUAUAUAUGGUAUAUGGUAGAGUACUCUCAUGUACAUAUAUUCAUAUAUAUUCUUGGCUAAAAUACUCAUAAAUCAAUCCGGAUACAUUUUUACAAUAAAAUAAAAUUGAUUAGUUCACUAAAUGUCGUGAUAUAAUUAGAUUGGUGUUUCAUAUUAUUGUAAAUGUGUCAUAAAUUUACUUGAGUACUAUAAUAUUAAGUAUCUUUUACCACUUGUUACAUUAACUUAUUGGAUAAAAGUUUUGAAAUUUUUAAGAACAAGAUGUUACAAAACAUAAUUAAUGUAACAAGUAUAUCAUGGUGACAGGGUUAAAAAAUCAAAACAUUUGUAGUCGACUGUACCUAUCCAUGGGCCUUUGAGGUUGGAAAGGGAGAAUUUACACAAAUCUUAACAACAAUUAUUAUUAUAUGAUAAGAGUGUAACUUUAACACAUCAGUGCAGUUUCAGUGGCCUAAGAAACUAAACUAGAACAACUUUUGGAAUCCUAUGAUAACGUUAGGAUGAAUCAAUAGUAAAUUUUUAUUAUUGUUACUGUAAGAAAAUUUCAUUAUUUGUAGGCUAAAUAAGUUACAUUAUUAUAAUCUUAAUAUAUCUAGCUUUCAAUGUCUUAAUUUAACUGUCUACAUAUAGAUAAUUUAACACAAAAAUUUUGACUUCUCAAAUUGUUGUUCAAAUUAAUAUUACCUAUUGUGCAUAGUUGAGAUAAAAAUAUGAACUUUUUAAUAUAAAUGUUACUAGCGUUUUAAGCUAGAUAUCUGCCUGUGAUAUUAGUACAUUAAGACUAAAAUUACUAAUUAUGCGUAUUGUGACCUAAAUAUUGUAGAACGAAAUAAUAACUGAGUAUCUAUCAAAAAUUUAGGUCAGUAUAUAUUUAAUAAUUUUAUUUUUUUAUUUUAAUUACAUCUUAAUUUUCUUUUUUUUUUAUGUGCUUUAACUAUAUUAUUAAAUAAUCUAAUCUGAGAAUAUUAAUAGUGGUAAAUUGAAAAUAGUUUCUAUUCAUAUUUUCGAAUAAUUUUGGUCCUAAUGUAUUAAUUAAAGAUCCUUAUUUUUUAUUAAAAAGUAAGUAUUAUUAAUAAAUUUUCAUUCUCUAUGAAUUAAUUACUUAAAUGUCUAAGUACGUAUAAGUUAUAUUUGACACGAGUGAAAAAAAGUGUACUGAUCAGCAAUGCUAUUUUGUAAAGAAUCUCACUUUCCAACUGGCUUCAUAUUUACGUGGACAAAAUAUUCACAAAUUUCACAAACAAUUUAAAAUAAAUAUUUUCAAAUUUAACAAUUAACGGCCGAUACAAUAACAUUUUCAAAUUUGUGAACUGAAUGACAAGUGAUACGAAUUUUGAAAAGUGAGUACCUAAAAAUGGUAGCACACUCCAGUUCACUGUUUCGCCACUUUAACAAAAUAGCACGCGAUUUUAUAUAUUUACUUACAAAAUACCAAAUAUAAAUCAUUUGUGGAUACGCUAGUGAAACUUGAGCGUGCUAAUAGAACAGCACUAUAGUGGCGGAUGUAGGAUUUCGUUUAAACGAGGUCUAUUUUUCUAUAUUAAAAAAAAAGAGAAAUUAAUUUUAUUAUCCAUAUAAUUACAGUCCUACUUGCAAUUUGAACAGAGUGAACACGAAAAUUGUUUUAAAUUGGUCCAAAAUAUAUUUCGGCCAUAAGCUGGACAGAUGGCAAUUGUUCUCUUCCCCUUUCGCCUAUCUUAUCCAUAGCUCCUACUAAGUACAAUAAUAUUCUGUCGCCAACUUGUGAAGGUAGUCUUUAUAAUAUAUUUUUAAAUUUUACAUUUGUAGGUAAUCCAUAUGUAUUCGUACAAUGUACAAGUACUCAAAUAGUACAAACCCAAUACUUUUUUUUAUGUAUUAUCUAUAUGUUAUUGUGUAUCGUCCAUUAUAUCAUAUUUUAAUCAUGCUAAAUUAAAUGUAUACUUAUAUACAAAAAUAUAGCUGCAGCAUUACAAUGAA